UUCCCCAUCCAGAUGUCCGUGCACGUCCCUCCUGCUUUGGUUAUAGGAACCAGGGGGCGUGAACGAGAAGGGACGAGCACGGAGGUGGCAGCAAAACUUUCUUGCUCUGUAGCUCGUCUCCUCAGCUAGUAAGCCAUCAUGGCCCCCACCGCGAUGGCCGCCACCUCCGUCGCUCCAUUCCAGGGGCUCAAGUCCACCGCCGGACUCCCCGUCAGCCGCCGCUCCACCAGCUCCGGCUUCGGCAACGUCAGCAACGGCGGGAGGAUCAGGUGCAUGCAGGUGUGGCCGAUUGGGGGCAAGAAGUUCGAGACCCUCUCCUACCUGCCGCCUCUCUCAACCGACGAUCUCCUGAAGCAGAUCGACUACCUGAUCCGGAAGAACUGGAUCCCUUGCCUCGAGUUCAGCAAGGUUGGGUUCGUCUACCGUGAGAACAACAGGUCUCCCGGUUACUACGACGGCCGUUACUGGACCAUGUGGAAGCUGCCCAUGUUCGGCUGCACCGAGGCAACCCAGGUGUACGCUGAGCUCGAGGAGUGCAAGAAGGCCUACCCCGACGCCUACAUCCGUAUCCUUGGCUUCGACAACGUCAGGCAGGUGCAGUGCAUCAUGUUCAUCGCCUACAAGCCCCCGGGCUGCGAGGAGACCGGCGUCGCCAAAUAAGUGCCAGGAACUGUGAAGCAGCUAGCCACUACCCCAUGGAGUAUAUAUCAGUAGUUCAGCUUAUUUAGGGAGCUCACGCCUUUGAUUUUUCUUUGUGCCAUUUGUAUCUUUGUCCAUCUGAGUGUUGUGUAUGUCCUUUCGGCUGACAUUGCGUUAAGUCUACAACUACUAUUGUUGGGUGAGGAAUAAACAUGUUGGGGCUGGCUACUAGGGCUGGAGCCAGCUCGGCUCGGUCUGGCUAGCUAGCCUAACUAGCCAGCUCAGCUCGGCUCGUU